AUCUCUCUGCCCCCAUCAACGACCGUCGCAAGCCCACCUCUCACGCCCAUCCUCUAACACCCCACAAUCCCUCAUAUACCGCGGCCAUGCCUGCAACGACAGCUGAAACGCUGUCUCUCGUCACCCGUAACGUCUCCGUCGCACCUCUCGUCCUACUCUCCGCCGCAGACCACUACGGGCGUUUGGCCAAGGACGCAAAGACAAAGAAGCGUGUAGUCGGUGUUCUUCUCGGUCAGAAUGACGGCAAGAAUGUGAGGGUGUCAAACAGCUUUGCUGUGCCGUUUGAAGAAGAUGAGAGGGACCCGUCGGUCUGGUUUCUGGAUCACAAUUAUGUUGAGUCGAUGAACGACAUGUUCAAGAAGGUCAACGCACGGGAGAAGCUCAUCGGGUGGUAUCACUCGGGGCCUAAGCUAAGGGCGUCUGAUCUCGAGAUCAACGAGCUCUUCAAGAGAUAUACACCGAACCCGCUAUUAGUGAUCAUAGACGUGCAGCCAAAGGAGGUUGGUGUGCCGACAGAUGCAUACUUUGCAGUGGAGGAGAUCAAAGAUGACGGAACCACGACCACAAAAACAUUCGUCCACACGCCAUCGAUAAUAGAAGCCGAGGAAGCAGAAGAGAUUGGCGUUGAGCAUCUCCUACGUGAUAUCCGCGACGUCGCCGUCGGAACGCUCUCCACGCGCAUAACCUCUCAGCUCCAGUCUCUGCAAGGUCUACACCUGCGGCUGCGCGACAUUGGGCAAUACCUACAGAAGGUCCUGGACGGCGAUCUCCCCGUCAACCACGCCAUUCUCGGCAACCUGCAAGACGUGUUCAACCUGCUCCCCAACCUCUCCACACCCAAGUCCACAGCCCAAACAAACGGUAUACCACCGCCUGGCCCCGCAGACAACAGCGAGCUGGCCAGAGCGAUGAGUGUGAAGACGAACGACCAGCUGAUGACGAUCUACCUGAGCAGUCUGAUCCGGGCCAUCACCGCGUUCCACGACCUGAUCGAGAACAAGAUCCAGAACAAGCAAACGGCCGAGGACAAGGAGGCGAGCGGGAAGAAGGAGGACGAGAAGGCAAAGGAGGAGAAGGAGAAGAAGGCGAACGGGACGGUGAAUGGGGAGGCGAAGGAGGGCGAGAAGAAGGAUGAAAAGGGCGACAAGAGCAAGUCCAAGGACGGAGAGCGGAAAAGAUAGCCUCCUUGACGUGGACUGAUGGGGUAUGUAGCAUGCAUGCUCUGUGGGCGAUAGAAGCUACUGCUGGCCAUGUACUACUUACCCGGCAUCCUGAUUGUGAAUGUCCCAAGUAGACGGCCACGCAUGCACGCACGUAUCCUGGACUCUAACCUAUGACGGACGUGCUAUGAUCUCUCGAAUCUACCCCAAAUCACACAACCCAUCCCAGCACCAUCUCUCUCAAAUCUCAAAUCUCAAAUCCCCAACCCAGCCGCACCAGAAGCCCACCCAACACCCUCCCACAACCCAACCCUCCUCUCCUCCACCAAGCCCGCAAACAACACACACCGCGACGCCAGC